AUGAAGAAGUGUCUAAAUCCGCUGUUAUGUAACUCAAACAAUUGCAUUCAAGAAAAAGAUCCACUGUUAAGCUUAGAUGAUUUGAAUCAUGACUCAUUAUUAAGCAUAUGGACGAAAUACUAUGGAAGUGACCCACGCAUUGCUCUCGGAAGAUACUCUCCUUUGGAAAAAGAAAUCAUGCGUUUAGGUGGUGUGCAUACAAUAGCCACAAGAAGGCUUUUGGCUCAGAAACAGAGAGAGGAAGAGAAGAUGCUGAAGGAGCUCAGGCAGAAAUCACCAGAUUACCAAAAAGCAAUGGCAUAUAAAAGGGAACACCCCCUUCUAAAUACAGGGAAGAAAAGUAUGGAAAAAGCAUGGACUGCUAGGAUAAUUAUUCCACGAGAAGAACUUAAAGUGCCAGCCAGAGAGGAGAAAACUAUCAAUAAGCACAUAGAAAGGAUGAAAUUGGGGCGAGAAUUGCAAGACUGGGCACAUUUCAAACAAUCCCAAAGCAGUUCAUUUCUACCAGCUGUAACUCCAGAUUCCAAACCAGCAAGUCAAGGAAGAGAAGAGGAGGAGGAAACCUCAAAAGCAAAUAAGACAGAAAUAAAAAUGAAGGUAAUUUUUAAGGCAGAUGAACCCAAAAAGACCAUCAUAAGCAAUCCAAAUGACAGGGAAACAUUCGACGUAAGGAAGAAACUAGAUCGUAAGAUAGCAGGACACACAAAUCGCACACGUUUCCUACCCACGGAUUUCCCUGGUGAUCUGCUUUUCUUAAGUCAAAAUUAUAAGUCCACAAGAAUUCAUCUCAGUCACAACAUGAAGUUAUUCCUUUUGAACAAAGAGGGUCGUUGGAAAAAUUGUCUUCAAUAUCCUUUCGAAUAUUCUCCUCAUUCUUAA